ACUCUGUCCCGUCGUGACCUGACGGCCGGCCGGCCGGCGGUGGCUGGACCGUCACUGGCGAAUGAUAUCGGGCCUCUCUGCGGCCAGAGACCGGCAGACCGCUGUCGGAGCCGGGCCGAGCGGGUCGGCGGGUCUCGGCGGUGCCGUCACCAGUGGUAGUGGUCUCCCUCCCCCGACAGUGGCCAUGUCCUGUGACCCGCUGCCGGUGAUCGACCUCCGUCAGGCGGCCGGGCCGGGCCGCGCCCAGCUGGCCAGCCGACUCGUCGCCGCUCUGGAGACGGACGGCUUCUUCUACGUGGAGGGCAUCGACGGCUACGACGAGCACGAGCUCAUGUCGUACACCAGAUGGUUCUUUGAGCUGCCAGAUUCUGUUAAAAUGGGAAUAGCGAGGAGCAACUUCAACCCGGCGACGAAUAUCCGAUACCGUGGUUAUUUCCCUGUGGAUAAGACCAACGCCUCGCAUAAGGAAGGUUAUGAGCUGGGCUCUCUAGAGCCCCUCGUCGAUCCAGAGAAGCACUCGCACAAUCUGUUUUACGAGCCCACACCGUGGCCAGAGGUGACCGACCGAAAGCAGCUGGAUGCGUUCAAGGAGUUUAGUGUGCGGUUCUACGGUCUGAUGACGGCCGCGGGUAUGACACUGCUGGAGCUGGCCGCCGAGGGCUGCGGCGCCCCCUCCGACAAACUGGUCAACCUGUUCCGGCCGGACCCGGUCUCCACGCUGCGCUACCUGCACUACCCGCCCCGGCAGGGCGACAUCCCGGCCUCGGCCCGCGACCCCACAGACGGCGCCCUUCUGCUGUGCGGCGCCCAUAACGACUCGGGUUUCCUGACGCUGCUCUCGACGUUCGAGUACGAGGGUCUGGAGCUGCAGCGCGCCGACGGCUCCUGGAUGCCGGUGCCGUGUAGGAGCGGCGCCGUGGUCGUCAACAUCGGCGACAUGCUCUCCACCAUCUCCGGCGGCAGGUGGAAGGCCACCCACCACCGGGUCAUCGACCACGGCGUCGACAGGUAUUCGGUUCCAUUUUUCUUGGAGCCGACGUAUUCUGCCAACAUGUGUGUCCGCCUCCAGGACUCCCAGGAACCUCCGCGAGAGCCGAUCAGCUACGGGCCCUGGGCGCUCACCAAAAUGAUCAACGACUAUUACGAGUUCAGGGACCUGCCAUAUCCUCAGUCGCUGGUCGCCUGACGACAGAGCCAUUUUGAUAUAGUCACUCGUCUUGGGUCAGCCACAUGAGACACUGAUACCGCCUGCCUGCUACAAUGGUGUGCACUUGACAUUUUGCCACCGCGUUUGUACCAGUUAUUGCUCCUGUCAUGACUAAAUGCUUAAAUCUAAUUUCUUUUGUUU